UGGAAUGAAACUAUUCAACUCUUCCGUGGUGGCAUGCCAUUAAGAAGACACUGGAUGCACCUCCGCUACUAUGACUGCACUUUUUCAGGAUCGGAGGCUGUGGAUUAUCUCCAUCAGCUUCUUCGGCACAACUGCAACUUUGGGCCAGAGGUGACUCGCAACCAGACUUUACAGCUGCUUAGGAAGUUCCUCAAGGCGCAUGUCAUCGAAGACAUUAAGGGACGCCAUGGGACGGAGGACUUUGAAGAUAACUGUCAUUUGUACAGAUUUCCCAGUUUGUCUCCCCUCAAGUCUCUUCCAUUGAGAUCUCUGUCUCGACACAGCACUGACCUGCCAAGACUCAUCCGCUGGGAUGACUAUGAGGAAUUACCACAGCAGGAGAAUGCAGCACCUGUGAAGUCUAGCAUG